GAGAUGCCUCAAUAGGGACUGCAUCGCCACAUUUUCUGUAGGCCACCUUCACUGCUCUACUCUUCCUCCAUCUAGCUCUACCCUGUCAGAGAGGAGCAUCUCUGUGCAGCUUCAGAAGGGAACACUCAUCCAAACUUGGAAAAAAUGGGAGACAAAGACACUGUAGAGAAGUUCCUUGACAACAACCCACAGUUUGCUAAGGAAUACUACGAAAAGAAAAUCAAGGCAGAUGUGAUCACUGCUGCCUUCAACAACCAGGUCCAGGUCAAAGACCCAGCCUCUUACAAGGAUGUCUCUACCAUCCAGGAGGCUGAGUUCAUAUUCGAGCUCAUUAAGGAGAUUCAGGGCAACAACCCGAUGGAAAAAGCCCUGCAUAAAAUUCUCCAGAGGAUUGCUCUGCUGAUUCAUGCUGAUCGUUGCAGCUACUUUGGCUACAGGGCUCGUAACGGAACACCUGAGCUAUCCACCAUCCUCUUCGAUGUGACACACAAUUCUCCAUAUGAUAGAAAUAUAGUGAACCCCAAUGUAGAGAUUGUUUUUCCCACUGACAUGGGAAUUGUUGGAUGGACGGCACACUCCAAGAAGCCUCAGAACAUUGCUGAUGUGAAGAAGGAUUCUCAUUUCAGUGACUUUGUGGACAAACAGACCAAAUAUACCACAAAAUGCAUGCUCACUGCUCCCCUUAUGAGUGGAAAGGAACCCAUUGGUGUCAUCAUGGCACUCAACAAACAGGGUGCUGAUGAAUUCUCCAAGAGUGAUCAGGAGCUCUUCAAUAAGUAUGUGAACUUUGCCGCUGUGGUCGUUCUCCAAGCCCACACUGCUUACAUGUGGGAUGUAGAGUCCAGGAGAAGCCAGGUUUUGCUGUGGUCAGCCAGCAAAGUUUUUGAGGAGUUGACGGAUAUCGAGAGGCAGUUUCACAAAGCCUUGUACACAGUGAGGACAUAUAUCAAGUGUGAGAGAUACUCUGUGGGACUCCUGGACAUGACCAAAGACAAGGAAUUCUUCGAUGAGUGGGCAAUCAAACUAGGAGAACAGGAGCCAUACAAGGGCCCAAAGACACCUGAUGGCAGAGAAAUCAACUUCUACAAGAUUAUUGACUACUUGCUGGAAGACAAAGAGGAGAUUAAAGUUAUCCCCGGCCCUCCUGCCGAUCACUGGGCUCUGGUCAGCGGACUCCCCUCAUAUGUGGCUGAGAACGGAUUUAUCUGCAACAUGAUGAAUGCUGCAGCAGAUGAUUACUUUUCAUUUCAGAAAGAAGGAGUGGAUGAAACUGGAUGGAAGAUUAAGAAUGUCCUCUCCCUCCCUAUCGUCAACAAAAAGGAAGAAAUUGUUGGUGUUGCCACUUUCUACAACAGAAAAGACGGCAAACCAUUUGACGAGAAUGAUGAACAAAUUACAGAAGCUCUAACUCAGUUCCUUGGCUGGUCCACUCUGAAUAGCGACACAUAUGACAAACUCAACAGGACAGAGUGGAGCAAAGAAGUUGCACAGGAAAUGCUCAUGUACCAGACAAAGGCAACACCAAAUGAUGUGCAGUCCAUUCUGAACACUCAAGAGAAGUUUGGCUCUGAACCAGAGGACUGUGACCAGAAGGAGAUGUACAAACUGUUGAGAGCCAACAUCCCUGAAGCCAAGAACGUGGAGCUGCUGGAAUUCCGCUUCAGCGACUUCCCCUUGUCAGAGUUUGACCUCAUCAAGUGUGGCAUCCGCUGCUUCUUUGAGCUCGGGGUGGUAGAGAAGUUCAAAGUCCAAGCCGAGACCCUGACAAGAUGGAUGUACACCGUUCGCAGGGGAUACCGUGACAUCACCUACCACAACUGGAGGCAUGGCUUCAAUGUUGGCCAAACUAUGUUCACUCUGCUGCUAACAGGUAAACUGAAGAAGUAUUACUCUGAUCUUGAGGCCUUUGCCAUGGUUUCUGCCGGUUUCUGCCACGAUAUUGAUCACAGAGGAACCAACAAUCUCUACCAGACAAAGAGUGCAUCCCCACUGGCAAAACUGCACAGCAGCUCGGUUAUGGAGCGACAUCAUCUUGAGUACAGUAAGACACUGAUGGAGGAUGAGAAGCUGAAUAUCUUCCAAAACCUUCAGAAGCGUCAGUUUGAGACGGUGCAGCAUCUGUUUGAAGUUUGCAUAAUUGCCACUGAUCUCGCCCUCUAUUUCAAGAAGCGAACAAUGUUCCAAAAAAUUGUGGAAUCUGUAGAGGGGAUUCCAGAGGAGAAAGAGAGAAUCAACUACAUCUCCAACAAUCCAACCAGGAAGGAAAUUAUCAUGGCAAUGAUGAUGACAGCUUGUGACCUGUCAGCCAUUACCAAGCCAUGGGAGGUUCAGAGCAAGGUUGCUCUGAUGGUGGCAGCAGAGUUUUGGGAGCAGGGAGACCUGGAAAGGACAGUUCUUGAGCAGCAGCCUAUUCCAAUGAUGGAUAGAAAUCAUGCUGAUGAGCUGCCCAAGAUGCAGUGCGGUUUCAUUGAUUUUGUGUGCUCCUUUGUGUACAAGGAGUUUGCUCGCUUCCACAAUGAGAUCAGCCCCAUGUUUGAGGGGCUGAACAUCAACAGGGGAGAGUGGAGAGCUCUCGCAGACGUCCACGAAGCCAAGAUGAAGGCUAUUGAAGACGAGAAGAAAAGGCUGGAGGGUGGAGACCAAGAAGGUGAUGAUGGCAAGAAGUCAAAGACAUGUGUUAUCUGCUAGACCUCCAGGACAGCCAAAGUACUUAUGAAUGUUUGUCUGGAUGUCUAUUUGUACAGUGUGUGUAUGUGCAUGUGAGAAAAGUUUGCAGGGAAAGGUUCGCAGAUGAGGGACUUCUAAUGUGCAAAAUCCCUAAAUUAUUAUUUUUAUAUACUGAAAUAUUUAGUGUUUCUGAUACAGAAAGCUAUUUUAAUUAGAACCAGUCUUGAGUAAAUACCACUUGUAUGUAAUAGUAUGAAAACAUUCAUUAAACAUUCCUCUUGUAUACACUAAAAACUCAAAAGAAUAGGGCUUUCAAUCAUUAAGAGCCCACAUGUAUUUUAUUAUAAAUAUUUAUGCCAAAUAUAACAUAAGGAUAUUUAGCUCACUUACUCUGGCUUUGGACAUGAUGAAAUUAAAUCGAGAUGUGAAUAGAAAUAUAUGACUGUAUAUAUGAUGCAGUUGAAUCUGUUAUAUAUACAGUAUAUACAUAUAUAUGAAUAUUUUUGGUACAUAAAUACUACAAUAAAUUGCUCUCAUUUUAUAGAGGAAGAGCUUUAUAAAAAAAAUAAGUAAAUAAAUAAUUGCUUCUCUUUUUUUUGCAAGUAGUGCUUUCAAAAUUUCAAGCAUAUGUCCCUGGCAAAUGGCUGAGAGAUGUAAGAAGAUUUGACUAUAUUGGAUUUGUUAUAAGCCAGUUGGAGCCCCAUGGCUUUCCUUUUUAAGUCCCCUGCUUACAUAAAGUAAAAAUACUGCCACCCUGCUCAGAAGUCAGCAUGUCCAGAGUCCAGUGUCAUUUACAGGACAGGAAGGUGUCAUGUAGAAACACUGUGCAGCACCCAUAGUCUAAAGACACAAUGUACUACUAUACAGGAGAUAUGGCUUUGUUUGAGUGUGAAACAACACAUUAAUUAUGCAAUUUGCUGUGAUUUUGAAAGAGCUGAAAUGUUAAGAUUUAUUUUUCCAAACCCUGUCUUAUAGAUUUUUUAAAAGAGAGCUUUGUGACAUGGGUAGAACAUAUAGCAGGAUAUUGUCAGAUUUGAUUGUAUUUUGGUUUUUGAUGCAAGUAUUUUUUUUGUUUGCUUUCCAACUAUCACAAAUCACAAAUUGGCCUCUGGGAGUUUUACAAUCUGUACAACAUCCUCUAUGCUGGAUUCUGUCAUGAUAUUGACCACAGAAGAACCAACAUAAGAACUCUGAAACUCACCAAAUGCAACCACUGCAGUCAAACAUGACUAUCGUGCAAAUAUUGCUUGAA